GCAUCUUCAUCAUGUCCUCUUCCAUCAAAACAGUCGGAGUAAUCGGUGCCGGCGUCAUCGGCGCCAGCUGGACGGCCCUCUUCCUCGCCAAAGGCCUCAGUGUCAUCGUGACCGAUCCAGCCCCAGGAGCUGAAGCCAAGCUGCGUGGUUAUCUGGAGGAGUAUUGCGCAGCUGUACCGAACGCUAUUUGCCCACCAGACGAAUGUCUAAAGAACUAUACAUUCAUGUCAGACAUUGAUCCCUACCUAGCGACCAUCGACCUGAUCCAAGAAAACGGCCCCGAACGACUCCCCAUCAAACGCCAACUUAUCGCCCACCUCGACGCCAAAACUCCCAAUCACACCCUUAUCGCAUCAUCAUCUUCCGGUCUCCCCUCAUCAGAGUUCAUCACCGAAUGCAAAAAUAACCCCUCUCGGAUUCUCAUCGCCCAUCCAUUUAAUCCACCGCAUUUGGUUCCCCUCGUGGAGAUCGUUCCUCACCCUCGAACUAGUGAUGAAGUUAUUGCCACAGCUAGAACCUUCUAUGCUAGUUUAGAUAAAGACCCUGUUGUUGUGAAGCAGGAAACACCAGGGUUUAUUGCUAAUCGUCUUCAAGCGGCGGUUUGUGCGGAGGCGUAUAGUCUUGUUUCGAGGGGGGUGGUGUCGCCGGAGGAUUUAGAUAAAACUAUUACUUCAGGGCUUGGUCUGCGAUGGGCGCUCACAGGCCCGAUUAUGACGAAUACGUUGGGUGGGGGAGGGGAUUUUGGGCAUUUUAUGGAUCAUUUGGGACCGGCGUUAAGGAGUUGGUUGGAUGAUAUGCAGGAGAAGAGGUUUGAUUUGGGGGAUGGGGAGAGGGUGCAUGCGUUGAAGGAGACGGUGAAUGGGUGGGUGGAGGGGGUGGAUUUGAAGAGGGUGGAAAGGGAGAGGGAUGGGUUGUUGGCGGAGUUGGUUAGGGGGAAGGUGGAUGCGACGCGGGCUGAUUAA